GAAGAAUCCUAGUCGGCCUCAACCUUGUUUUCGAAGAAAUUGGUCUGUUUGAUAAAUCAGUAACUCCGAGGAUCAUGGGCCAAAAUUUCAAAACAAUUGGGUUCACUCUCGUACUGAAUUAUUAAAACCCAUUUUGUCAAACUUAGCUCUGACUUUUCUCUCUGUUUUCUCUCUUCCCACAGAGAGAGAGAGAUAGUAAGAGAAUCUGAAGAAGAAGAAGAUGAUGACGAGGAGGUGCUCGAGAAGGCUAAGCAUUAACAAAGAGAAUGAGAAAGAUGGUGGGUCAAAGAUGGUGAUGAUGAGGUACGAGAGAAGAAGGAAAAGGAUCAAGGAAGAGAGUGAGAAGGAGAAAGAGAAAGGGUCGUCUGAGAUGAUGAUGUACGAGAGAAGAAGGAAAAGGAUUAAGGAAGAGAGUGACAAUGCCGAGGAGAUUGAUAAAGAGAAUGUUGCAGAAGAUUGGUGUUUCGUUUGCAAAGAUGGUGGAAAGCUAAUUAUCUGCGAGCUCGGGGAUUGUCUAAAAGUUUAUCAUCCUGGAUGUGUGGGAAAGAAAGUUUCAUUUUUGGAGGGCAGAGAAAGCUGGACUUGCAAUUGGCACUAUUGCUCAAUAUGCCAUAAAUCUCCAAAGUUUCAGUGCUUUUGCUGUCCUUAUGCCAUAUGUGAGUGCUGCAUGAAUGCUGCUGAGUUUGCACCAACUCGUGGGAAGAAGGGAUUCUGCAGUGAGUGUUUGAAGCUUGUUCUAUUUGCAGAAGAAAACGUGGAGUAUGAUUCUGAUGGGGGCAAGAUAGACUUUAAUAACAGAGAUACCUAUGAGGGGCUGUUCAAGGAAUAUUGGGAUAUUGUAAAGGAUGAAGAAGGCCUGACUUUGGAUGAUGUCAGUAAUACAAAAGCCAAGAUGAAGAACAGUGAAAAUGAACAUGAACUGAUAAGAUCUGUGUGUGAUUUGGAUGAAAUGGAACAAUAUAGGCCUUUAUGCAAGCGGAGGAAGUCCAAGGCGCAAGUGUUCAUGGGAUGGGGAUCAAAACCUCUCAUUGAAUUUCUCCAAUCCCUGGGUCAAGAUAUAACCAAACAGUUAACACAAUUCGAUGUUGAUCGUCUCAUUUUUGAAUACAUUCAAGAAAACAAACUUCUAGACCCAUUAAAGAAGAAGAAGGUCCUUUGUGAUGAAAGGUUGCAUUCUCUUUUUGGAAAGAAAUCGGUUUCUAAGAACCGUAUAUAUAAUCUUUUGGAUGUACAUUUUGCUGAGAACUUGGUGCAGUCAGAGGAGGAUGAAAUUGAGCAUGAAGAUAAAACCAAUUCCAGAGUCAAAAAUGAAAAUUUCAGGCUACCGUCUAAGAAGAAGACAAUAUUGAGCUCAGAUAAAUCUCCGUCAGAGGAAGUUGAAAGAAUUUUCCAACAAACAGGCUAUGCCUCCAUAAUUACUGAAAACAUAAAGCUUCUAUACUUACGGAGGAGCUUAGUGGAGGUGUUAUUGAAGGACCGCAAUAGCUUUAGUGGAAAAAUAGUGGGGAGUCUUGUGAAAGUUAAAAAUGACCCCAUGGAUUAUUUGCAGAAAAAUUCUCACCAGCUUGCCCAAGUUGUAGGCGUGAAAGAAACCUCAUCAGCUGGUAAAAUCAAUAGUGAAAUUCUCCUGCAAGCUUCCAGUGUACCAAUGGACAUUCGCAUUUCCCUGCUGUCUGAUUCUGACUUCACCAAGGAGGAAUUGGAGGAUUUGCAGCAAAAAGUAAAAAACGGCGUGCACAAAAAACUGACUGUUGUGGAGCUAGAACAGAAGGCCAGAAGUCUGCGUGCGGAUAUAAUGAAGCAUUGGAUUGAGAGAGAGCUGGUUCAAUUACAAAACCGCAUUGAUUAUUCAAAUGAGAAGGGCCUGCGAAAAGAAUUAUCUCAAUAUCUAGAUCAAAGAGCAUUGCUCCAAAAGCCUUCUGAGCAGGAACGAUUGAUAAAUCAGGUGCCAGAGGUUGUUGCAGAGUUUGUAGAGCUCGAAGUUGCUUCUGGAAACUCAGAAUCUGAUAAACAACUCAGUUCAUGCUCACCACAAUCGAUUGUGCAUGAUCCCAAAACUCCCAGUACUUGAAUUGAAUUUUUUUUAAUUGGUGAAUUAAAUUCUGCAGGGCUGUGACUUAAAAUAGUUUAAAUUUUAAGAGUUGUCCAAUGCAAUUAUAUUUUACCCUUUAGUAAAUGUUAUGUUAUAUAUUUUAGAUGCAUCAUGUUAUCUUGAUCUUUUCCAGCUUUGGA